UUAAUGUAUAAUCAUAUUAUAUUACUAAUUACGAAAUUAAUUAUCGCAUGAUUUAAAAAAAUACUUAUAACUUUUAAUAAGAUUUGGGUAAAUAUUUUCUCAACAGAUUUUAUUAUAAUUAAAAAUAAAAUUUAAAUCUAUAGUUUCUCAACAGAUUUUAAUAAUAAUCAUUAUGUCAUAUUAAAUAAUUAAUCAAAUGGUCCUACUAAGACUUUUAAAUAGUAGAUAAAAAUUAGGACCCUAAAUUAAUAGGUUAGAUGGAAAAUAUAUUUUUAUUUUAAAUAAAUACGAAAUUAAUUAAAUAAUUAAAAUAAAAGGUUUGUUUUAGUGAAAAUAAUAAAUUUAUAUUGUAAAAAAGAUAUAAAAAGAUUUUAUUUUGAUGCAAAUUUAGAGAAAAUAAAGAAAUAUCUAUUUAAUUAGUUGGUUUUAAAAUAAUUCAAAUAUUUAUACAAAAAAUUCAUUUAAGUAACUUUCUAAGGGAUGGUCCAAAUAAAAAAUCACGCAUGAAAUAAGUUAUGACUUCUAUUUUAAUAGAUAAGAUAAUAGUUGAAAGUUGAAACCGUUUGAAAACAUGAUGUGAGAAAAUUUAGGAGCAAGAAACGUGUUGAAAGUUAAGGUUAAUACUUUAUUUUCUUUGAAAAUCGAACGUGUUGUGGUGAUCUGAGAAAAUUAAGAAAUAGUUUUAGAAAUACUGAGAACCGAAAAAAAAAAUUAUUGGCAUUGUUUGCUUUUUUUUUCUGAAAACAAAAUACAUGUGUCAAAGUUUUAUUGGGCAAGUGACUUGUGAUUUAGUUUAUGAAGGAUAAUUUACAUAGAAAUAGGUCCCUUAAUUGUGAAAAAAAAUUCUUAAUAAAAACUCUUACUAAAUUGUUUAUAUCUAUUGUCUUUGUCUUGGUUGUUGCAGAAAUAUCUUCAGUUUCUUGAAGAAGCCAAAAAGUAUGACCAUAGAAUUUUAGGCCAGAAGCAGGAACUCUUCUUUUGUCAUCCACUCAGGUUCGUUCCAGUGCUAAUAUAUUAUGCUUCCCUCUUUGCGUUUACCUAUACUGAUAUAUAUACUCACCAUCUUUGAUCUUCAGUCCUAUGAGUUGGUUCUUUCUUCCAUUAGGCACUCGUGUAUAUAACAAGUUGAUGGAAUUCAUUAAAGAGCAAUAUUGGAAAAGGGGUUACACAGAGGUUAUAACGCCGAAUAUGUACAACAUGAAACUGUGGUAUACUUCUGGACAUGCUGAAAAGUACAAGAAAAAUAUGUUUACGUUUGAUGUAAGUGUAUAUAAGAUUCCCCCUUGACACUGUUACUAGUGUUACUCUAGCAAACUUCUCUCUAGAAUCCAAUGUUUGGCCUAGGCUAUAUAGUGACAUUUUGCGAAUGUUACUUUGUGCAGAUUGUGAGAGCUUGAUUCCAAAACUAAAUAAAAUAAGUAAUAAAUAAAAAUCAUCAACCAAUCAAAUUAUAAUAGUUUACUUAAAUUUCACAUAUGAGCGAUACAUAAUAAAAAAUCAUUUGACAACAGGAAAAAAAAUCAAAAAUCACUUAAGUGACUUCUCAUUUGGUUCCUCUUCAUUCCCUAAUAAUCUUGUGUAUUUCCUUUGUCCAGUCCGUUAAUGCAUCUUAUACUGACACUAUUUGCAAUCUAAAUCUUCCCUGUGACACUUCUGUUGUGUUUUGUACAUAAUUAAAUGCAAAUUAGAUAACAUUUGUUAGAUAAGUUAAGCCAUUGUGGGAUCUCUCCUAACAUUAUAGGCUUAUAGCCUACGUUAUUUUGCCAUCUACCCAUUUGGCCAGUAUCUUCCAUUCUUCCUAAAGUAAUUCCAACUACCAGUCUCUUUUGUUUAACUUUUUUUUAUGUAACUAAGAGUCUACCAGAUUCGCUGUAAUCUCAUUAAUUACUUAAUGCAUUUUAUUAAACGAUCUGAACUACCAGUUACAACAUGUGAAAUACGAAAACAUAAAAUAAUAAUUUUAAACCAUGUCAAAUAUAAUAUAUAUGACUUAUGAGCUUGUCCUAUAAAUAUAAAGCACCAUGCUUCGCAAACCACACACGUAAACGAAUCUAGAGAGAGCAUUCACAUAUAGCCUUUUAUUUGAAAAAUGAGGUUUUUUAAGGCUCUCAUCCUCAUUCCUAUUGCCAUAUUGGCUUUGGUAAUUUCCUUUGCUGAAGCUUAUGAUCCAAGUCCACUCCAAGAUUUCUGUGUCGCCAUUGAUGACCUAAAUGGUGUUUUUGUGAAUGGUAGGUUCUGUAAAGAUCCGAUGCGAGUCAAUGCAGAAGAUUUUUUCUUCUCUGGCCUCAACGUGCCUGGGAACACCAGUAAUCAAGUUGGCUCCAAUGUGACCACGGUUAAUGUUGAUCAGAUCCCAGGGCUAAACACCAUGGGCAUAUCAUUGGUGCGCAUAGACUACGCUCCACAUGGACAAAACCCACCUCACACGCAUCCCCGUGGCUCAGAGAUCCUUGUCCUUAUCAAAGGAACAUUAUACGUCGGGUUUGUUUCUUCCAAUCAAGACAAUAACCGUUUAUUCGCCAAAGUAUUGCAUCCUGGCGACGUAUUUGUGUUCCCCAUUGGAAUGAUUCAUUUUCAGGUAAAUAUUGGGAAAGUCCCUGCCGUUGCUUUUGCAGGAUUGAGUAGUCAGAAUGCUGGUGUAAUCACAAUCGCAAACGCUGUGUUCGGAUCAAAUCCUCCUAUAUAUCCAGAAGUUCUAGCCAGGGCGUUCCAGUUGGAUGAAAACAUUGUCAAAGAACUUCAGGCCAAGUUUGGUCCAUGAACUUUGAAGUCAUUAUGAGUGCUUAUCAUUGCUAUAUGCACUUAAACAAUAGUGUACAACUAAAAAUGUUAUGUCAAAUAAAAAUAAAGAAAUAGUGUUGUUUACCUGAUUAUUUUUUUAAUCUUAUAUGUUACUUCUAAAAUAAAACACAAUUAUGUCUAAUAAAGUAAUAUAGGCAUAGUUAAAUUUU